CGGCCAUGGCGGACCGAGGGGCAGCGCCGGGGACAGCGGCACCGAGAGCCCUGCAGCGCCGGGGGGGCACCGCCGGGGGUCGGGCCGGACGGGGAGUCGAGAGAAGUCCCGCUGGGAUCUGGGAGGAGCCGAGUCGCGUUGGGUUUGGAUAUUGGGAAGGAAUUCCUCCCUGUGAGGGUGGGGAGGCCCUGGCACAGGUUGCCAAGAGAAGCUGUGGCUGCCCCAUCCCUGGAAGUGUCCAAGGCUGGGUUGGACGGGACUUGGAGCAACCUGGGCUAGUGGAUGGUGUCCCUGCCCAUGGCAGGGGGUGGCACUGGAUGGGCUUUAAAGUCCCUUCCAACCCAAACCAUUCUGGAAUUCUAAGUUGUUUCUAGUGAGCAGUGACAGGACCCGAGGGAAUGGCUGGAGCUGUGUCAGGGGAGGUUUAGGUUGGAUCUGGGGAAAAAGUUCUUCCCCUAGAGGGUGGUUGGCACUGACCAGGCUCCCCAGGGCAGUGGGCACAGCCCCAGGCUGCCAGAGCUCCAGGAGGGUUUGGACAAUGCUCUCAGGGACAGGGGGAGAUUGUUGGGGUGUCUGUGCAGGGCCAGGAGUUGCACUCGAUAGUCCUUGUGGGUCCCUUCCAAAUUCUGUGAAGUUGCCCAGUCAUGGUAGAUCUGAGCCCAAAAGAUGAGUUUUCAGUCCCUCUGUGCAGCCCCCAGGGCGAGUGUCUGACAAGGGCCAUUCACAGUGAUCACCACCUGCUGUGGGGGAUCUGCCUCUGCCUUUUCCCUGAUGAAGUGAGAAUUUCUGUUCUCAGGAGCUGCCUCACACAGGGAAAGGCAUUUUCUGAGAUAAGUAAAGGCCAAGUCCAAGCUGGUGACACUUCAGAUUGCAUUGAAAGCUGCUGAGUGUCCCAAUGUGUGCCCUGUGCUGAUGCUCAGCCCUGAGGGAAAGGUGUGUGCAGGUGAUGGACUUCCCAGGGAAGACAAAAAUUGGGAUGUUAUUGCUGAGGUGCAGAAGCUGAUGAGAGACCCCCUACCUGGGGCACAGAAAUCGCCCUGACAGGGGAGUUUGAACCAAGGCCACAGAUUCCCCCUCUCCAGCCUCUGAUGAUGUUCCCCAAAGUGUAUAAAACAUAAAGUGCCUCAUGAAAUGCAGGUUCCCCCAUUCUGAGUUGGGCAAAGCUCCAGAGGUCUUUUCCUCCUGCCAUAAAGGGCUGAUGGAUUUUCCUUACUUUUGGAGCAGGAGCUCACAGAUCAUUUUUUGGGCUCUUCUGGGAGCAGCUGCCCUCAGAGCAGGGCCAUACCCAGCCAGUUGAGGUCUGAUUGCUGUUUUUACCCUUCCCUUCCUGUACCUCCUGAGCUCAGCCUCUGCCACUGCCUCGUCUCCCUGGGUGCUUGUGGAUUGUUUCACCACUGCUUUGUUUCCCUGCCUCAAGAGAAUGCUCUGGGGCUUAUUGCUUUAGGAACAGGUGUUUUGGGAAGGUGGCAAACCAGGAAUGACAAAGCCUGACAUCCAUGGCCAUGCUCGAGAGCACACAAUUCCUCCGUGCUUCAUUUUUCCUUUCUUUUUUUACCCUCUCAAGGGGAAGGGGGCAACAAGCUUCCAAACCUUCUCACUACAUCAGAAGGAAAAAGGAGAACAAGAAGGCAGUACCCCCAGUUCCUCCCCCCCUGCAUGUAACUCACAGCGCUCCAGGGCUCCUUUUCAAACUGCCAAAAUGCAGUGUGAUGAUGUGGUGGUGCAUCCCCCCAUCCCUGGCCCUGCUGGAAGCACCUUGGAAGCUCCUGAUAAGCCUUGAUGGACCCACUGAGCGGUGAAGUGUCCCCUGACUGCACCAGCUGGGCCGGGAGGUGCUCCCUGAUCCUGCCAGGAGCUGCUGGGUGGUGCAGGUGGGAACAACCAGGAACAUCCCAGCCAAGGUGGGGAACAAAGGAUGAGCCGUUAUCCUUCGGAGCCUCGCGCAGUCGUGCACCUGCAACCCGGACAGCCAUGGAGAAGAGCGGGAACAUUCAGCUGGAGAUUCCUGACUUCAGUAACUCUGUCCUGAGCCACCUGAACCAGCUGCGCAUGCAGGGCCGACUGUGCGACAUCGUGGUCAACGUGCAGGGCCAGGCAUUCCGCGCGCACAAGGUGGUGCUGGCGGCCAGCUCGCCCUACUUCCGCGACCACAUGUCCCUCAACGAGAUGAGCACCGUGUCCAUCUCUGUCAUCAAGAACCCUUCUGUCUUCGAGCAGCUCCUCUCCUUCUGCUACACAGGCAGGAUCUGCCUGCAGCUGGCCGACAUCAUCAGCUACCUAACAGCCGCCAGCUUCCUGCAGAUGCAGCACAUCAUAGACAAGUGCACGCAGAUCCUUGAGGGGAUUCACUUCAAAAUCAAUGUUGCAGAGGUGGAGGCGGAGUUGAGCCAGACCAGGACGAAGCAUCAGGAGAGACCGCCUGAGUCUCACCGGGUGACACCAACCCUGAACCGUUCCCUGAGCCCGCACCACAACACCCCAAAGGGGAGCCGGCUGGGCCAGGUGAGCACAGUGCUGGACAUCCGGGAGCUCAGCCCGCCCGAGGAGUCCACCAGCCCCCAGAUCAUUGAGCAGAGCUCGGAUGUGGAAGGCAGGGAGCCCAUCCUGCGGAUUAACAGGGUGGGACAGUGGUAUGUGGAGACGGGGAUGGGAGAGCGCGGGGCCCGGAGCGACGACGAUGUGCGGGUGCUGGGCGGAGUGCGCAUCAAAACCGAGAACCUGGAGGAGUGGCUGGGGGCAGAGCACCAGCCCUCAGGAGAGGAUGGGAGCAGCGCCGAGGAGGUCACGGCCAUGGUGAUCGACACCACGGGCCAUGGAGCGCUGGGCCAGGACGCCUAUGCCCUGGGCUCCUCCGGGGCCAAAGCGGUCAGGCCAACCAGCACUGAGAUCGACAGAUUUAGCCCUUCUGGCAGCAUGGUUGCUGUGACUGAGCGGUACAGAUCAAAAAGCGAGUCUCCCGGGCGGAUGGAUGAGCCCAAGCAGCCCAGUUCCCAGGGGGAGGAAUCAGCCAUGCUUGGAGUGAGUGGUUAUGUGGAGUAUCUGCGGGAGCAGGAGGUUUCCGAGCGCUGGUUCCGGUACAACCCGCGGCUCACGUGUAUUUACUGCGCCAAAUCCUUCAACCAGAAGGGCAGCCUGGACCGGCACAUGCGGCUCCACAUGGGCAUCACCCCCUUUGUGUGCCGCAUGUGUGGGAAGAAGUACACCCGCAAGGAUCAACUGGAAUAUCACAUCCGCAAGCACACGGGCAACAAGCCCUUCCACUGCCACGUCUGCGGCAAAAGCUUCCCUUUCCAGGCCAUCCUCAACCAGCACUUUCGCAAGAACCACCCCGGCUGUUUGCCCCUGGAGGGGCCCCACAGCAUCUCCCCCGAGACCACAGUCACGUCCCGGGGGCAGGCAGAGGAGGAGUCCCCUCCGCAGGAGGAGGCUGUGGCUAUGGGGGAGACGGCACAGGGAUCUGUGUCCACCACUGGGCCGGAUUGAAACACGACUGCAGAGUCCGGGGAGAAAGGACCGUCUUCCCUUUCUUGGCUCUCCAGAGUCAGCACCAACCUGGCAGGCUGGUACUGUAAUUAGUGCAAUGCCACCACUGGACAGAAAGAAGCUCCCAAGAUGUUGCCAAAAUAGAAAAAUCUCUUCUCUCUCUCUCUCUCUCUCUCUCUCUUACAUACACACACCCACACACACACUGAGUGUUAAACGUUUUUCUCCCUCAUUCCUCCUCUUCUUGGAGAAAAACAGAACAACUGUGUCAAUCAACUUCUUAUUCAGGGAUCGACAGGAUUUUAAAUUUUUUUACUGUUCCGUAGUGACCUGGGACAAGCAGUCAUUUGUAUUUCUGGACGGCCCUGUGGCCCAGCAGCCAGGCCCCGCCGGCGGUGCCGGUGGCAGCCCCGCAGCCCCACAGAGCCAUAUCCGCUGGUCCCGCUCGAGGGGAGAGCAGGGGCAAGGGCCCAUUGCCUUUCUCCCUUGCCCAGGUAGAAAACAAAAAGACUGUCCUGGUGGAGCCUGCCUUGUCCGAGUGUAUUUAUCCCUGUCUUAUUUUUUGUGUGUUUCUUUACAUUUUUGUUUAAGCUGUUACUUUAGGGCUUUUGGCCUUGCCUGUUCCAGGCACAAGGCCUCAGCACCCCUUGUUAAAGCAGGCACUGCUCCAAGGCAGUAUUCCACAGGUCAGCGAGAUGUGAAGGAAGCACUUGGGCUACUGAGAGUGGGAUUUAGCAGUUGUGAAGUUCAUGUGAGACGCUGAUGCCUUGGGAGAAGGGCUGGAGGGGUCUUCCAGAGGAGGUUGUCUGCUGGUGCGACCGGAGAGCUCAGAGCUCUCCGAUGUCCCGGCCAGAGCGCUGCCAUGCUCCAGGGGUUGCCGAGGGUUAGGCACAGAUUUUCUGGAGUGGCUGAAUUCCGGAGUUAGAGGCUGGCUACCAAAGUCCUCCUUCACCCCUGCUCCCCCCUCGACACACACUUAUCUUUUAUAACAGCAAUAUGUGAUACAGAAAUACUGCAAUGCUGUUGUCCCAGCCAAGCAAUCAUGGGUGGUUGCUUUUAAACCUGUUUCUACAAACUACUUUGAUAACUUUUUUAAUCAAUGAAAUGCAAAAAGAAAAGAAAAUUCUACCUUAUUUCCUUGUAGAAGUUCAGGAGACUUAAAAGUGAAUGGUUCCUAGAGCAAUCACAACUCUGUCCCCUUGCAUGGACUUCAAGAUUUUUGUAUUCUGAGCAGCUCUGAUGUUUAGAGCAAGUUUAGCAAACCUGGAGAGAUGUGCCUGCGUGUGUAUUGUAGGUGUUUGCACGGGCUUACGUGGUUCAUAACCGGAACAGCAUGGGACAGGUAGAUAAGUGCAAAUAUUCUGACAUCUUUUGAAGAAGUCUUUUAAAAAAAAUAUGCAAUAUUUUAAGAGUUUUCUCUGGUUCUGAUGCCAAGUUGUUCAUGACAGAGGGGGGAAAUGAACGACAGGUUGCGUGGAUCCGGUCUGGUGAAGGGAGUUCUCUUGAGGAUGUAAGAUAAAGGAAGGGUGAAGUUCUGAUCCUUAAGGCAAUGGGAGGAACAAAGAGACAUUGGAAAACAAAUACACUUCAUCUUGCUUCAGCUAGAAAGCUGGGUGAGUGGUUGGAACAGGGGCUUGGUGGGCAGGAGACUGACCACGUGACAGCAAAGCUUGACCUGCAGUCAGACUGCACAAUUUUGGGCACAUGGAAACAUCUCCAGCCUUUGCUUUCCCCACUUUCAAAUUGGGACUCAGGAUCAUUUUCAUGCCCCUUUAGAGGGAAGAAUUUGGGGAAGGGUGAUGUAUUCUUGCCUCACUUUACAGAUCAUUUUUAUAGGUGAGGGGUCUCACUGUUCCUCCCAUCUCUCUCUCAAAAAGACGUGGCUCUAACGUGUUUUUGUGUGUGGGAAGGGCUUGGUGCCAGGAUCAUAUGUAACAGGGAAGUGCUCCUAAGAGAGGAAUCUUUGCAGGUGUCCUGAGCCAGGCACCUGCAAAGCACCAUUUCAUUGACCAUUUCAAACAGGAAAGCUGAUAUUUCACCUCCGUUUUCCUUCUGUCCCUUCCUCCUCUCCUGUCAAGUGCAUCGUCACAUGGGGAGUGAUUUGGCCACCCGAGGGACCAGCCCCGUCGGGUUUCCUGGUGAAGGUCAAGCAGGAUGGUACCCAAACAGUGAGGUUGCAGUGGCAGAAGAUGAGGUGAGAGGGUGGCCAAGGUAGGUUUCGUUGCAAUCGAGGUGUGGGAAGGAGUGGAGAUGUGCUGCUUUAGUCAUAGCUUUUGAAGUUACCAAAAAUGAAAAAAAAAAAGAGUUAAAGACUUUGAAAUCCUAUCCUGUUCACACUAGAGAGCAUCAAAAGUUACUUUUAGUUGCUUAAAAGAUUUUUAAGUGUUUUAAAAUAGAAAUUUUAAAAGAAUACUACCAAACUAUAAAAACAUAAAAUUAUUUAUAUACAUAUAUUAUAUAUAAAUAUAGUGGGAAAGUUUCCCUGCUAAGCUUGCUGUGAAGAGAAGGGUGAAGGUGCAGUAACUGCUACACAAGCAACAUUUUUCUGAGACAGAUGGCAACCGUAGUGAAGAAGGGCUGACAUAAAAUGGUGACUGCCUUUAUUUCCAUGGCAUAGCUGUGAGUUUCUUGAGCAGGUUUGUGUUUUACUGUAUUGAUACUGUGAAUGGAGGAGCAUCCGGACAGCCCAGGGUGCCAACGGUGUGCCCUGUUUGCUGAUUCACUACUUUAAUUGGCCUGGUGAAAACCAUGAAAUUGGUCCUUCAUAUCCUACUAGGCUGAAAAACAAAGCUUGUGAAAGGUUUUUAUGUUUUUUUCCUCCUUUAUGUUUGCUUUUGGUUUUGGUUUGGUUUUUUGUUUGUUGUUUUUUUUUUUAGUGCAGAGGUUGCCACUGUAUAAAUGAUCAUUUCUGAUUGCAUGCAAAAGAGCCAAUUCUUGCCCAGGCCUCACUGAGGUGAAGUUUAUAGCUUGUAGCUAGAGUCAGUAUAAGGUAUGGUAGUGGGAAUCAUUUUAAUAUUAUUUCUGUACAUUUAAUGGAUGUGUAUGUAUGUGUGGGAGUCAUGGUGUCUCUAAUACGUCUUGAACAUUGCUGAAAGCAGUUCAGGCCUGUCCACACUGGACGGCGGAACCAGUUCCGAAGGAAUCGUUAUUGAACAUUUCUUUCAGUGCUUGACCUUCUCGGUGCAGAUAAGGGCAAGAUUUGAGGAAAAAGGGGUUGGAGGUCAUGUAUGGUAUGGAAAAACCUCGUGUGAAUUUCCUGGCAGUGGUGCACCAAGAGGUGCUUUCCCAGCAGAAUGCUGCUGUGUUCCGUUGCCUCUCCACUGGCACGGCUCUUCACAGUUGCACCGAAGCUGUGGAGAAUCAGAUGCCAACUCUUCAAGUGCGAAUGCUUCUGUGAUGGGUUGAGGCACAGCUUUGCAUUCCCACGUCUAGCUGCAGCUUUUCCUGCCAAAACUGUGAUUUCAACUGUGAUUUAAGGAGGAUGUGAAGAGAACUCUGUCAUGUUUUAAUACCUCUGUACAUAACAUUUCUGUCCGCUUCAGAGUUAGGGCUGACUAACCCAUUUGUUUGCUUGCCUCAGGCAACAGGGAGAACACACUGGUUUCUCAGUUUGUUUUCUCGGAGAGGAAACACGUUUCUUAGUUCUUUGCUGCCAAGGAACUCACCUCCCAAAUGUGAAGAGUUGUGGUUAUCUCCUUAAGCCUGCAGCAAGCCCUGGUGCCAAGUCACAGCCAAGUGACGUGACGGUUGCCGUGGCUGUUCCUGCUGCUGCCAGGUUCCCUGUGAAUAGCUGUGAAAAUAACCAGAAUUGUGUUAUACUGUGCUGCUGCUUUGGGAAAAAGCUAAACCUCUUCCUCUCAGAAGGAUGACCAAUGGGAAACUGGGAAAGGGAAAAAGGAGAAGGUCUUUUUGCUCUCUUGCAAUGGGAGUGCGUGGAAACAAAUUGUUUUUUGUAUUUCCAGCAGCUAGAGAGGGAUGAAUGAGAGGCUUUAUGGAAUGUGAAUUUGUAACAGGAGGCUGAGAACAUGCUUAGAGCCACUUGGUAAGAUGCAGAGCUGUCAGCCCAGUGAGAGCCAGAGCAGCCAAUGCAGAUGGGCAGUUCCUGGCUUGUCGUCCCAGCACUGCCCACCAUCAGGUCAGUCCUUGGACUUACCGACACCUUCUCCACAAUGUUCUCAAGCUGUGACCUGUAUAAUUCAACUUUCAGAAGUUUGUGUGCCUGAAGAAGGGCAGGAGGAACAGAAAGCUGCUGUUCCCAUUUGACAGCUAUCCAGAGCUGGAAUAGCACUGGGAACAAGCUGUGGCCUGGCUGAAAGGCAUUGUGGGGCUGGCUCAGCAGGGAGGACACAGAGCCAGGAGUUCAGCCCUCUGUGGGAUCAGAGUUGAAAUAAAUGGACAGGACAGCUCUCCCUGCUUUUCCUGCUCGGUGGCUGUUUCCGUUCCACAUCUCUGCGGUGGGAACAUCACUUAACAUGCUCCUUUUAGCCAGUGAUUCCAGGCCUGGUCUUGGAGCUGGGUCCUUCUGUGCCUUUGGGUGAUUCAGCCCUAAGGAGGCCUUGGCAAGAGCAGAGUUGCAGCUUUUAUUUGCUUCUGACUUCAUCUCUCCUGCAGAACCCAAGGUAUAAAUAGGAAGACAACUGCAAAGGUUGGGGUGGAAGGUGGCUUGGGAGGUACACAGGGUCAUGUUGAGGACCAACAAAAAUAGCACUUAAAAUGAUGUAAACUUUAUCAAACUCUCGUCUUUGAUCUGUGACAUGCCUGCCAAUUUAGCUGUGCCAGCAUCCAGGUGUUUCUGCAGAUUAGUGACACCAAAUGCUGUUCUUGCUCUGCUGGAAAUAUUUUGGGGAUGGGAGUAGUCCCUGCUUGUGGCAAGGGGGUUGGACUAGAUGACCUCUAAAGGUCCCUUCCAGCCCAAACCAUUCAGUAAGUCAAGGAGCUGUAAUUCAGGAGACUUUUGGGCUCUCAGUUUUCCCUGAAAGCUGAGCCUGUGGCCAAGACUGCAGUUGGAAGGUCUGGGAUCUGCUGAUGUAGCCGAGUCUUUACUCCUGCCAUGAGAUGAGAGUCAUGCACAGAGCUCUGACAUCUGCAGUGGAAGGGCCUAAAGAGGAGCUCAGCAUCCUUAAUUUGGUCAUUGUCAUUCAAGGGAUAUUUUAAUAUAAAAUACAUACAUACACAUAUAUGUACAUUUAUAUAUAUAUUUGUAACCAAAUAAAAGCUAGAUCUAUGCAAACACUACUGGCUGCUGCUUGAAACUAAAGUCUACCUGAACAUUUUGGAAUAGAGUAGGCUUGGAGGAGACUUGCUGUGAUUUGUUUGUUUUCCUUUUUUUAAUGAAGUGCAGCAGACCAAAGUUUUGCUGCAGUUAGUCUUACUAGAAAUUUAGGUUAUUCCUAACCUGGAACUCGCUCAAGUGGGUUAUAAAAUUAUCUGAAGAGUCUGACCAUCUCUAAAAUAUUUCCAUCUGCUGAAAGACUUUGGCUUGGCAAACACAGGGAAACACAGAGGCUGGGACUAGGAGAUAUUAAAGGUGACGAUUGGGCUGAUAGAAGUAGCAUCAAGAAAGGACUUGGGAGCAUUUUCUUUUGAAUGUAGGAUUGAGUUGACUUCUAGGAAUCUUCCUACUUGGGAAAGCAUCCAUUGCUGAGGUGGAGGCAGAGAUCAGAGCAUCCUUGGGAUGAAUUCUGGUUUUGAUGGAGAUCUUCCUGCUGAAUCUGAUUGUUCCAGAGUUUAGUCUGCUGGGAGAAACUUCACGUGGUUUCUUUGUGUCAGAUCCGAUCUUUGCUUUUAGGAUUAACUGCAAUAUAUCUCUAACCUUCAGUGACCUUUGGCUUUUUAUUCCUGGGACUGUAGAAAAUUCAGGUUUCCCAUAAUAUUAUCCUCAUCCCAACUGUGAACAAGUUACUACUGCUUCUUAUAAUUUAUUGUCUUUCUGUUCCUGAACGCCUGUGUGAUCCAGCUGGUUGCCAGCACCACCUUCCAGUGCUUCAUUAGCUUUUAUGCACAGGGAAUUGUUGCAAUGGAUAAGUUGACCACGCUAGUUGGAAGAGUAGAAGCCUUUGGAGAAUGACUUUUGCUUCCUCUAGCUGUCAUUAGGGAGUGCACACACACAUACUGUAUAUACAUAUAUAUAUAUACACAUAUAUAAAGUGUUUCAGUAUAAACUCAUUUAGCGUUAUUCUUAUUUAAUUUAUAUUUUAAUCCAGUUGUAAACCAAAGUAUUACAGCUUGUGGGAAGACGUGUCUCGGAAAUAGGAGGAACCUUAGGAGGUUGGAGCUCUGAAAGGUUUUUGUUGAUGAAAACAUGGAUAUGAAUAAGACUUAAGAACCUGUGCUGCUGAAUCCUAGGGAUUUGCAGCCUUGGAAGGAUUUGAGACUUGCUGGGUAAAGUUGGAUGGUGGAGCCUUCUGAAGGUGUUUUUCAUGGUCCUUAAUGGUUUUGUAGGAAAACAAGUAUGUCCUGGCAAGACUAGAAAUAAAAAGGGAGAAGGGAGAAAAUCAGUGUGGUCUGGCACAACUGGGGGCUGGAGAGAAGCCACAAAACCAGUCACUGAUGCAUUUAGUGUCUAAUUGAAAGUUUUAGAAAAUGAGCCAUUGCUAUUUACUGAUGUCUAGAGGUUGUUGGGGGUUGUUUUAGUAACUUCUGUGGAGGUGCAUGCUCUGCUCUCACCAAUGGGAAGAAAUUAUGGGUUCAAUGAUAAAAUCAUGCUGAUUUUUCUGUGCCAAGGAGUAAUUGCCUUCCCGAGGAAUGAGCAAGCGCUAAGAACAAAUUCAGCUCUAACAAUCUCCCCACAGCCUUGGCAGCAGCUCUUGCUUCCUCUAGGGAGGAGGGAGACAGUUGAAAUGAGAGGGUUCAUCUGGUGUCAGCCCUGGGUUGGGUAGAAUAGGUGAAACAGCAGCAAAGCAUCACUGGGAAAAGAGGAGUGCAUGUGUCUGGCACGCCCUGGAUGUCAUGGACAGGGAAAUGCCAGGUUUGGAACCUGCUCGUGAGCAGGAGCAUUCAGGAAACCCUGUGCAAAGAUCCCUAUCGUGGAGAUGAGAGCUGAACAGCACCAGUGUUCUCCAUCCUGGAGUGUGAAUGGUAACAAAGGAAGGCAAGUCCCCAGGGGGGCAGAGUCCCCAGGGGGUUCCUUCCAUCAGAAGGAACUGAAGGAUGGGAGGUGCAGACUGGGAAGGGCAGUGCCAGACAGAUUUCAAAGUGCCAUUUUCUGAGUGUUGGGUUUUCUAGCAUGUGUUGCAGACCGGAGUUUGCUUUUGUGUCAUCCUUUACCUGUGUCACUGCUCCUGUUUAAACUCCGCAGAGAAGACAGAGCCAAACCCUUCUCAGAGGCACACGGUGCAAGGAGGAGUAGCAGUAGGUGGAAGUUUAUACAAAGGAGCAUAAGGUUAGGUAUUACAAGGUAUUUUUUUCACCAUGAGAACAGCCAAACAGCAUUGAAUCAGGUUGUCCAGAGAGGCUGGGAAAUCCCCAUCCUGGGAUAGUGCAGCCUCCAGGUUCCUGUUUCCAUUAGACUACGCCAAGCUGUGUUUUUGUUACCUUCUUGGGUUUUUUUUAGUAUUAUAAUGUACAAAUGGGCAGCUUUAAUGGGCUUCAUAGUUCAUAUCAGUUAAGCUUUUGAAACAUAUUCAGGUAUCUUUUAAAUACUGCUGUGUAAGUUGUUUAAUCUGACAUAUUCUGAUUUAUUAUUUUACUGCAGUUACCUAAGGCAGUACUUAAAAAAAAUCAGUGCAUUAAUUUUUUGCAGACUGUCAGCUGUGUUAAGCCUCCAGCUUAGUUUUUAUUAAUGUAUUUAACCCCCUCUCCCUCAGAUCUAUGGUGAAAUGCCUGCAUUAUUUUUAUAUUGCAGUGAGGCUUAUUUAUUAAAACCUUCCCACUACCUUUGAAGUCAGACCCAGUACCAUUGGCUAUGAAACUGUGAAACUAAUGAGAAAUGAAAAAUGAAGCUGGAUUAGUUAGUUUUAUUGCUGGUCAUAAAAUACAGAAAGCAGCAGUAUAAAGGAUAAAAUACAAUUGGAAUUAGUUACUCAAAUCAUAGAAUCACAGAAUGGUUUAGGUUGGAAGGGACCUUAAAGCUCAUCUCGUUCCAACCCCCCUGCCAUGGGCAGGGACACCUUCCACUAGAAUUCCAAGAGAAAUUACUGAGUCUGGGGUGGGGGAAAGAAUCACAAAACUAUGUCUGAGAAACAAAUUUUAACCUGAUGAUGUCACUUCACUGGUUCUCUGUUUGGUCAAGUGUAAAAGCUGUUUCUUGAGACGAGGAGGUUCCCCGGGGUCCGCUCGUUCACCUAUGUGUCUCGGGCAUUGGUUUGAUACGGGGGUUUGUCCUCCCUGGUAUUAUUUUCUGAGAGUUUACGUGUCUAAGGAAACUCUCUGGAUUAUUGUGAAGCUUUUCCUUAAUCCUUCUUGCACGGUAACUGAACACAAGUCUUGGCUGCAAGAGGUGGGAGGCAGGCGGGAGGUGCCGUUCCGCAGUGGGCACCAAGGAGGGGGGCACAGUGCAGUUCUCCUGCUGGCAGAUGGGAUUUGGCAAGGGGAGUGAAGACCCAGCCCCACUGUGGCUGUGCCCAGCCCAGGGGUGUCUUUCAGUCGGCUGCACCCCUGCCAGGGUCAAGGUAAGGUUGGUUUGUGGGGGCUGUUUGCAGGGCAGCCUGGAUCUCCUCUGCUGCAGACGCAGGCAGUGAUGGUGUAGGUGGCCUGCAGGUACUUUUCUCACGUGUUAGAAGGUCUCCUAAGCCAGGGCUGUGUUGCUGAGGAAGCAGCCCAGGUGGAGUGUGGGUGAAUUUGUCAUACCCUUUGCUUCAGACUAACUGCCUGGGCUCCCCUGAGGCGCUGGCCUGGGUCGAAAGCUGACCUCAGGCAGCUUGCAGGGCUCCGUUGUCCCAGGGUGGGGACUGUGAGGGAUAUUGUGCAGGGAGGGGGGAGUGUUGUUGUCCCAAUAACACAUUUGUUCUGUGUCCCUGUCUGUAACAUUGCUGACAGUCAGGACAGGCCAAGGGCUGCGAGAGCAAUCCUUGGGGGCACAGCGGGGACUGUUUUGAAUAAGCUCUUUUAGAAGCUGAGUUAGGAGGAGAACACGAAGCUGUGCAUUCUUGCAGGAACGUACCCCUCACCUCGUGCCCCACGCUUGCAGGGAGGGUUAGGGAAGGAUGAGGAGACUGGAUCAGAGGGUUGUUAAUGAAAAUAGAAGCAAGAUAUUCAAAAUACUGCUUUAGUCUGAAAAGGGAAGAGAACCAAUGAAGUUUUCCCAGGCAUAUUCCUAGUGUGUUAAACACUACCUGGAGCUCUCACGAGCUGUGUCCCUGUUGUCCCCCAGAGCUCCCCUCCUUUCCCUGGUGUCACCUCACUUUCCCUGUACAACACUGUGAAUAUGAUACCAGUAGCUCUUUGUAACGUUUCCAUUAAAAGUGCCCGGAGCAGGAAAUGCUGUCCUGCUGUGGGAGCACAGGCUGUGACCCCCCCAAACAGGGCACAGAUGGUUGAGCCCUUCCCUGCGGAGCAGUGGGAGAGGAUUGUAGGAGUUCACGAGGGAAGUGGCUUUGUAUAGCAAUUUGCUAAUCAAAUUUGAUUUCGUAACAAACUAAACUGACAAUCAAUUCCUAAAAUAUAAAAUCCUCUUAGAGGGAAUAGUCAAGUGUAUCUUCACCAGAAAGAUUUAACUGGGAUAACUUAAUAAAGAGCACAGGAUUUUUUCCUUUUUUUUCUUUUUUUUUUUAAGCAAUCACUCCAGAAAUGGAAGCAGCAGAUUCACAGGACAAUAACUACCUCUCUCUCUCAGAGUGCUGAGGUUACCACACUACACACUCGAGCAGCAAAGCUUUCACUUCAAAGAGAUUUGUUUUCCUUACCUCUGUGUUUCAGAAAUGCAGGUCUGCUCUGUAAAGUGACUCUAUGAAAAUGGCAUCUGGCAGGAGCAGCAGGAACCCCUCGGAGUCCAGAGUCCCUCUCGGCCUCCAGUUCCUUGCAGUGACCUUUGCAGGUUGGCUCUGGGGGUGUGACAGUUCAGGAGGGCUUUGUCACCUCCCCGGGUGCUGCACAGCAGUGAACUGUCCCAUGGGCUCGGCGUCCUGCACUGGGAAAUUAGUCAGUGGUGGGAAAGGUGAGAGGAGAAUCCAUCUCCCUCUUGCCUCCAAGGGAGCAGGCAGCAUUAAAAAAAAAGCAAUAAGAUAAAAAUACAAACACUUUUAUAUGUCGUUCAUUAGUCAGCAGAUCUGACUUUGCAAAUUUAUAUAUAUAUAUAUAUACACAAACACAUGCAGAGAGCAGAUCUCUUGUGUGAAAAGGUGCCAUUUUUUUCUAACCAGAGUCCCUUUCCAAACUAGAACAGCACUUUAAAUAGGUUCCUCUUUAAAAAAAAAAAAAAAAUUAAAAAAAAAGAAAAACCUUUACUGCAGCAAUGCACUUUAACUGGUCAGACGAGUACAGCUGUGGCUGGCCUGGGACACAGCUGGAUGGGCAGGCGGCUCCUGGGCAGCCAGAGCCCGGGGGGAGCCAAGUUGCCAGACCCUGGGAUGCCCCCGGCAGCCCAAAAGCCACGGCAGCUCUACCUCGGGAGUCCCGCGGGCUGGGGCAGCCCUGCAGGGAUGGACCCGGCACCCCGGGGCAGCCCCGCCGGGCCGAGCACUGACAGGGCUGGGCCCCGGGGGGGCUUUGUCAUCGGUCCAGAGAACCCACCCUUGCCUCUAAAGCAGAUUUAAAUCCCAUUUUUAACAGGUCAGAAGUUGCACCCAGUUACAACCCAGCUGAGCUCAGCUGCACAGCAGAGCCAGAGGAAGUUGUUACUGGGGCUGUGGGGUUUUUCCAUAACGUGGAUAUGGAGCCCUCGUCAGUUCAGUAUUCUUUUUUUUUUUUUUUUUAAAUGCAAGUUUGUGUCUCCCACAUUGAUUCUGCUCUGAGCUGGUUUGCAGAGUAACCCUUUGUAACAGAAACUGUGCUGUCGCCUUCAACUGUUGGCCUAUAAAUCAAACCUUUUAGGACAGGUGUCCUAACACUCAAGACUUACUUUCACAGUUAAGAAAUUUCCUGCUGUACUAAUUAUUCUCUUUUUUUUUAUUUUAUUUUUGGUUGUAAUCCUUAUUUCGAAAAGAAAAAGUCAGUGUUCAGACUAGUCUGCAGUAGGUGGAAGAGUGAGCCUGCUGUGUGUAACUUGUGGAUAUCAGACUGUUCUUCAGUGAUUUUUCCAAGCUGUUCCCAAGCUGGUCCUCCAGCAUCACUUCCCUUUUCCUCUUCCAGCAGGUGUUGGCAGACCGUGGCCAAUGGCAAACAGGGACAGCCAGAGCUGCUGGAGAGGAGUGGGCAGGAGUGGCAGAGGGGAACCAGAGUUGGGGAAGGGGGAAAUAAAACCAAGGUAGAGGGACUGUACAAUUGCAUUGAAAGCAGUUUAGCAAAAAGCGCUCUCGUCGGACAGCUUUAAGAACAAUGUGAAUGAAAACUUAGCAACUUGGGUAGGAAUCUUGGAAAAUUCUAUAAAUGUAUACUUGAAAUUCUGUUUGUAUUAAAAAAAAUAAAUUGCAUUUUCUUCUUUCUUUUAACACUGUGUAAAAGAACAUUAUGCAUGUGAGUGGUUUGAGAAUUAAAUGGUUUAAUACUCAGA